AUGGGUUCUGAGACGCUACUGGAGGUGGUAUUGGCCAUCUUGUUACCGCCCGUUGGAGUCUUCCUACGCUACGGCUGCGGCGUGGAGUUUUGGAUCGAUCUGUUGUUGACGAUAUUAGGUUACAUACCUGGAAUCAUUUACGCCAUCUAUGUCUUGGUGGGAUAG